UAUCUAGGAGUGAAAAAGCAAGCUGGCAUUAUCUAUAUAUCUAUAAAAGCAUUUUGCACCAUCGAAAAGAUUCAGCCCACUUCACAAAUUUAUUUUCUUUUGAAAUUCUUGGCCUGAUUAAACUACUCUCAAUUUCCCUCAGAAUGACUAAACAAUUCAAAUCGUGCAUCAUGACACACUGCUCGUACUGGUUUUUGUGAUAUUCAACCACAUAAAUCCAUUAUUUGUGUUUUGUACACGACAACGAUCGAGGAAAAACACAUGCUAUGUACAUAUAAUGAGCUAUUCCGGUCCCAACCAAACAAGAAAAGCAAGAUAUGGCACUGCAAAACUACCACUUUCAUGCAUUCAAAAAGGUGCAUUUUCACCGGGUUUUUAUGACACACUCCUCCGGUGACCAGAAAGAGAGUGUUCAAGAGGUGACAACCCGGCCGACUGGUGGAAGGUCUCCAGCAGAACAAUUUGCACCGCUAGCAAUGACGUUUGGUCGGCGGCUGGUAGUCGGCGUUGGGUCAGCCUCCCUAGUGGCUCUUGGUGCAAAUUUUGGUGGGGUAACAAGUUUUCUUCUCGGAUUAUCGCCGGAAACUGGGAGGAAUCUGAAGCUAGAUGUGGUUUAUCCUAUUGGAGGGUACAAUCGUUACAUUCAGACAAAUGAAGGAUUUGAAUUCAUGUACCCAGCAAAAUGGGUUGGGGAUCAGACACUGUUAUAUCGAGCACUGGAGAGAUUGGAAAGAGAACUUGACACGCCCACGACCAUCAACACUGCCAAGUCCAAUAAUCGGCGGCGGAGUGUUAGUGAACCGGUCGUUGCAUUUGGUCCGCCUGGUACAACCGGUGAGCUCAAUGUUAGUGUCAUUGUGUCGCCAGUUCCUCAAGACUUCUCAAUUGAAGCUUUUGGAGGACCAAAAGAAGUGGGAGAAGCAGUGGUUCGGACCAUUACAGGGUCAGGCAGACGCCCUGAUGUUAUGGGGACAUUGAUAGAAUCAACUUUGAGAGAGGAUCCAAUAAAGAAUGUCAAAUACUACGAGCUGGAAUUCAGAGUUGAGAGCCCCUCAUUUCAGCGGCAUAAUCUUGCAGUUUGUUGCUCUCGUGGUGGUAGGCUAUUCACACUAAAUGCUCAGGCACCAGAAUCUGCAUGGUCAAGGGUGGAAUCAGACUUCCACACAAUGGCUCAUUCAUUUAGUAUUACUGAAACAGCACCUGUUGCAGAGUUUAAUUGACCAAACACUGAGACAAAGUUGCAUUGCAAUUUUCCCUAACAAGGCUAUACUUUUUAUAC